GCAAGACGUAAUCUACCUUCGUAUACCCCUCAUUUAUCCUUUUCCAACCAUGAAAGUGUUUGGUGCCUUUGCUUUCAUUGCCGCCCUGGUCGUAGCUCAAACCAUCGACAACGGCGAAAAGCGUUUGAUCGCUUUGUCCGACGACGACCAACGCUGGUUGACCAAGAGCGAGAUUGACGACUUGAUCGAAAACAACAUUGGGUUUGCCGACGCCACCAAUGGCGACUGGGAUUCGCUCCAACUGUUUGGAUUCGAACGCGCUCAACGCCCUGAAAACAAGACUUACCCCGCUGGUCCCGUCCACGAAACCCUAGUCCGCGCGAUCCAGGCCAACGUGACCCCGUUGGCGUUGGAGAAAACAUUGACCGAGUUUGUGACCAAGUUUGCCAACCGGCACAAGUUGUCCGCCGAAGGCAAAGCGUCCAGCACUUGGUUGUUCAACCAAGCAAGCGCGUUGAAGCCCGUGAACCCCAACAUCAAGUACACGGUGCGCCGCUUUGAGCACAACUGGACCCAGGCGUCGGUGAUUGCCCGCAUCGAGCCGAUUUCUGGCCAAACGGCUAACGACACGGUGGUGCUCUCUGGCCACCAAGACUCGAUCAACCGCUCGACCAACAACACGUACGCCCCUGGCGCCGACGACGACGGAUCUGGAUCGAUUUCCAUCUUGCACACGCUCACGCAUUUGCUCAACUCGAACGAGUGGAACCCCACGCGCCCCGUGGAAGUGCACUGGUACGCGGCGGAAGAGACGGGAUUGCAAGGGUCGUCCGAGAUCGUCAAAUCGUAUGCGGCUCAACAAACCGACAUUUACGCCCAAGUCCAGCAAGACAUGAUCGGUUACUACAAGCCUGGUAGCACCCCCGUGGUGGCGUUUGCUUCGGACUUUAGCUACAUUCCGCUCGUGGAUUUCUUGAAGAAGCUCGUGACCAAGUACUUGACCAUCGGCUACGUGGACCGCACGUUCGGCUACGGCGCGUCGGACCAUGCCAGUUGGUUCCGCGCGGGGUACCCGUCGUCGUUUCCAUUUGAAGCUGCCCGGGGCAACGGCAACCCAUACAUCCAUACGUCUAACGACACACUGGCUAACAUCAACUGGGUGCAUGUCGCGGACUUUACCAAGUUUUCCAUUGCGUACGUGGUCGAGCUUACACAACAAACGAAGGCGGCGUGCUAAACUGACGAUACAGUUUUGAGUAAUAAAAAACAUUAUGUGGUGGAAAACCAGUGUGA